CUGGUGACCAAAACACACUUUGAGUUUUUAAAUAUUUACCCUUUGAGGCACUUAUUACUUAAAUUACCAAGAACAUACCCAAUCUUUUCAAUAAUUACAUAAAUAUACCUUUGGUUUCUUAUAUUCUCGAAAUUAACCCAAAGAUCAUUAGGGUACAUACAUUCUUUACUCGAGAGAGAGAAGUUCUAAAGUCCUCAAAUCCCGCAAAGCUUUUUCAGCUUCUUUGUUGAAUUGCGAGCAGAGGUAGAAAUCAGCAGGAAACAAAAAUGUUGUUCUUUUCUUACUUCAAGGAUUUGGUUGGACAAGAAGUGACGGUUGAGCUGAAGAAUGAUUUAGCCAUAAGAGGAACUCUUCACUCAGUUGAUCAGUAUCUGAAUAUCAAGCUCGAGAACACUAGGGUUGUUGACCAGGACAAGUACCCUCACAUGCUUUCAGUGAGAAACUGUUUCAUCAGAGGAUCUGUGGUAAGGUACGUGCAGUUACCUAAAGAUGGAGUCGAUGUUGAUUUGCUUCACGACGCAGCUAGAAGAGAAGCUAGGGGUGGCUGAUUCUGAAAUAUCUUUGUAUCUCCAAAACUUGAAUACUUUUCAUUCGGCGUAAUGGCUUUAUAAUGAAUAUUUCCCUGAUGUAGAGCCAAUGGUAUGGCCAUGAAUCUUGUUCCAUUUUAUUAACAAUGGAUAAUUUAAUUUCUUUUCCUCGUUCAAAUGAAAAGCUUAUUAAAGCCUACUUAGAAACACCUUCACUCUUGUCAGGCUGUCACUACUUAAGUUUUUCC